AAGCGCCUGCAGAUGGAACUUAUGGACAUCACUAUGGACCCCCCUCCCAUGUGCUCUGCAGGGCCGAUGGACGAUGACAUGUUUACAUGGAGGGGGGCCAUCAUGGGUCCCCCCAACAGCCCCUAUGAGGGAGGUACCUUCUCACUCAGUAUACAGUUCCCAUAUGAUUACCCCUUUCACCCUCCAUGGAUUUACUUCACCACCCAGAUAUACCACCCCAAUAUCGACAGAAGAGGACAUAUCCAUGUAGACAUUCUUAAGUCCCAGUGGUCGCCGGCACUGACGAUAUCCAAACUAUUGUUGUCCAUCAGCUCCAUGCUCUGCAACCCCAACCUCAAUUACACCUUAGUUCCAUCCAUUGCCAGAAUGUACUUAAAUGACAGGAACAAAUAUAACACUAUGGCACAAGCUUGGACAAGAAAAUAUGCCAUGUGA